CAUGAUGGCGUUGAAAUUAUUCAACGGAAACAAAACUAAUUCAAGAUGGAGUCUAGCAACUUACGCUCAUGCAUUCGGUUCACGGUUCUCUGUAUUUUCAAUUAAUAUUUUUACAGAGCUUUGUAUUUUAAAAGUACAAAUUCAUUAUUAAUCACUAAUUACUGUAUUGUGUAAAAACUGAAUCACACCAACCAAUCACAAUAAUGGAGAAACAUCUAGAUUCAUACAUGGCUGAAUUUAGUUCAUUGGAAUGCGGCAGGAGUGACAGUGAUAAACCUCGUAUCAAUCAUUUGCUUGAUUGUUUAAAUGCGCUAAACUUUAGUGAUUGCAUUAAAUAUAAUAACAAUAAAGCAGUUCUCCUCAUACACCAGUGCUGCAAGUUGGUAUCUCCGUCGGAUACGUUUCUCGUUGCGAAAUGUAGCCACUUGAUAAUGAAUCUAGUCACAAAGCUGUCUGUCAAAAUCGAAGGGAAAUCACUGUGCAUAGUUGUGAAUUGGUGCUGCCAGGCGUUGAAGUUAUCUGCUGAUGUCGCUCUCAUCGAUGUUCUUCAAGCAUUGCAUGCUGUCAUUGAAAGUAAACCAUCAUCAAUUGAAGAGGUAACCCAGGAACUAAUAAACCGUUUGAGUGAGGGACUGGAAGAUCGAGCUAAUCUAUUGAUUCCUCAAAAUGUAAAAUUCUGGAGAAUCAGGUGUAUGAAUGCCCUCAUUCACACCGGAAGUCUAAAUCACAAUCAACUGCUGGCUGUCUCAGAAAUAUUUCUGGCCGUUCUAAUCACUAAUACCCCUCUGAUGGAUGAUCUCUGCUAUUCCCAGGUAUUAACGUGCAGUAUUGAAGCAGUGCAAGGUCUGUGUGAUUGUGACAAAAAAUGGCUAUCAGAACACUUGGGAGAUGUCAUCGGAAUUAUAAUGGCUUACAUGCACUUUGGCCUGGCUGAUUGGAAAUUCAAACGACCUAAGAGACAUUUUCCAACGCCAUUGCCAGUUGUACACAAUAGUGCUGAUGUGAAGGGUCCAGUAAAUCAUAGAAAGCAGCGCACAAAAGCAAUUAGACAAGGCCUGAAAUCGAAUGAUGAUGAAACGUCAGUGGUCAAAGUUGAUGAAUUCGAUUUGGCCGAAUUGAAUUUGACGACAAGUGAUUCGGACUUUUCGGACAAUGAAGGUGGCAGAUUGGCAAAACGAGCUCGUGUCCAUUCCAAGGUCCGACUCGCGAGUUUGAAUCUGCUCUUGAACUUGACUAAGGUGUGUGGAUGUAAAGAACUGUUUGGUUUCUAUGGCAGUUUGCUUUCGAGCUGUGGCCUUCCACAUAGCAUUCUGAGGGAACCGGCAAUUCGAGUCAAGUCCACUGCCAUUGCCACUCUAUCAGUUCUGCUAUCAGCUGCUAAGGGAUUCUUCGUCUAUGCACAAGAAACGGAAUCGGCAUCAUUCACAGCCUUCUCAAGUGUGUUGGCAGAUUUAUUGAAGUCGUUGCAUGAAUGCCUGAUAAGUGCCUUCAAACAGAACAGUCCGCCCCUCAUCUACAUGAAUCUAAUACACUGCACCUCGGCUCUAGUUGGGUGUACUCCUUACCACCGAUUGAAGCCCGGCUUGGCCUCCCAACUACACAGCGUUGUCUGUCCGUUCUUGAGGUUUAAAGAACGUAAUAUGACAGUGGCUGUUUUAACAUACAUUGGGGCACUUGUCACAUUAAAUCCAACAACUGAUGAAAUAUGCAAGCUGAUCUCACAAAAAGAGGUCGUUCAGGAAGAAAUCAGCUCUGAUAUUGACAACAAAGAAAUGAACAAUGUGAACGUAGUCCUACCAGAACUUUGUAUAGAUUUUAUCAAGGAUGCGGCAAGUCCCGUUUCGGUAAUUGUGGAAAGUUGGCAGCUGAUUACACAUCUCACACGCAACCAUUACGGGAUUAUAGCAACACACCUGGAGGCAGUGUUAGAAGCACUUCACAUUUCGCUAGUCAGCACUUCUGAUGUGGUUCAGCUGCACUCCGCCAAAGCUCUUGAACAAAUGGCUCCUUUGAUGGCUAAUUCGAAAGAAACGGAGGCAUUGUGCGUGCAAGAGUGGUGCCACCUGCUUAGAGGGGGCGGGAAAGGGGGCGGUGCCCUGCUGGCAGUGCUGCAGAGCGCUCAGCCAAUAGCAGCAGCCGGCUGCGACUGUGUGGCCAACAUAGGUGCGCACAUCUAUGCGCAGUUGCCCACCGAGCUCAGCAUCCUCGUCAUCACUCUUCUCUUCGGAUGCACUGGGCAUGACGAGUCAGGUGCGCGCGCAGCGGCCAUCCGCGCGAUUGCAAUGCUGCUGACUUUUGCGGCGCUGGAGGACGACGAGCAGUUUGUGAGCGACGUGAGCGACUCGGUGCAGCGACUGCUGGGCGAUGCGUCGCUGGCGGUGCGCGUCAAAGCGGCCUGGUCGCUCGGCAAACUGUGCGAGACGAUCGCGCGCCACACGCAUCUGCGUGACUGUGUCGACGUUCACGCCCUCUUCCAGGUCACGCUGCGCGCCGCUUCUGACAAUGAUAAUGUGAGAACUGGUGCAGUGAGAGCUUUGGGAUACCUGGUGAAAUUAUUGACUGAAGAAGAUGUCAAGCAGCCUGACUAUGUGUCUUCAAUAGAGAAAACCAGUGCUGCCCUCACUAAAGCUGCAUCUUCCGGCUUGAAUAUGAAGCUCAAGUGGAAUGCUUGCUAUGCGUUGAGUAGUUUAUUUGAAAACUCAGCCAUCCAAUCAAUUAGUGCCUCAUCAUGGCAGGACCAAAUUUUAACAGCACUCUGCAAUAUAAUCAUGAAAUGCAACAAUUUCAAAGUGCGAGUGAAUGCCUGCCAUGCACUGUAUAGCAUCUCUCAACGCAAUCACUUUGGUUCGCACUAUUUCACUGUUUGGCAAACCAUUCUGGAUGGCCUGGAAAACGCUUACAACAUGCCUGAUCUCAGAGAGUUCAAGCAUCAAACGUCACUUUUCGACCAGCUAUGCCUGAACGUAUGUCAACUGACCCGGCUGGCCACAGUGGAAGAUCUCGGCCGUCUGCAUGACAUUUUAGUCUUCAGGAUGGAGGUGGCCUCCGAACACAUGCACAGGUUCCAGCGAAACGCUCUUCCCGAGAAUACUCAACCAGUCAUUUCGGCCAGAUCACACAUUUCAUCAAUCAGCCUUCCAGCGCACACAUCACAGGCGCAGCAAUCAGCACUGGAAAUGCUGACCAACAUAUUUGCAGCUCCGUCGUGAAGCCGGUGAUGUACAGUUUCCAUUUUAAACCAAUCAACUGGAACCUCUUCAAUUGAGUAACUUUUUAUAGAGAUCAUUCUGUAACCUUGAAUAGCUUAUGAAUGAGCUAACAUUAUGUGAUAUAUCAUGAAAUAGAUUACCGUACCGUAGUAGCUAGGCUAUGGCAAACCUCAUCAAUUAUCUCCUUUUAUGGAAGAGCAUAUUAUAUUCCGUAAAAGUUAUCUUUUGAAUAAGCUAGUCUGUGAUAAAUUUCUGCAAUCUUCAAAUUAUUAUUGUUCAUGGAGUACCAUAUCUCUUGAAUAGAUAAAUCUUCUUUCUAAGAAUCAUCAGCUGAUCGUAGACAAAAAAUUAUAAUUUUUAAGUUUUAGAAAGCGGUGAAGAAAAACAGUACUGAGCAUGCUAUUACAUCACCAACGUCGAAUUCAUCUCGACAUUUAUGCACAAACUACAUAUUGAGUUGAUAGUGAUAAAUUUGAAAUUUACCCACUAUAAUUAUCAUGCGACUCAAUUUCAUAGCUAGUUAUGCAUAAGCCGACACAUUCAUCUUUGGCUAUCGUUAAUUCUUAAUUUGAAAAGUCAAUAUUUCAAUAUACACUAGCGUUCUCGUCACUUUUAUCACAAACCAAUAAUGGACUUAUUAAUCUGGCUACUAUAUAUAAAAGCGUGGUAUGUCGCAGUGGUUUAAAGGUCAAAAAUUGAAUGUGCAUUUGUCCACACAAAUAUGCAGCUCCUAGAGAAUUUGCCUGGAUAAGAAUAGAUAGAUAGAUAGAUUAAAUAGCAUCCACUGCCCACCUAAAACAGGGGGAUCAGGAACUUGUCAAAACUCUAAAUGAUCGAAAAAAGACACAGCCCACAGUAACAAAUACACAAGACACAGGAAAAGAAAGCAUUAUACCAUUCAUGUGGAGUAAUAUUGAAUGUACUUUUCCUUUGAGUAGAAAGCACUCUUUGGAAAAAUCUAUCUUUAAUUGAGAUCUAAAGUCGCGUUCAUUCAUACCCUUCAUGAAAUCAGGUAAUGUAUUAUAUAAUUGGAUACCAGAGCUUCUAACGCCUCUCUUAUAGAAAGUGGAGCGAUGCAUCUCAUCUCUCAACAAGUGUUUAUUCCUGGUAUUAUGAAAAUGAACAUCAUCACCACGAGUAAAAUAACAUUGAUUUCUCUUAACAAAACAAAGGGCCUCCAAAAUGUAGACACUGGGUAAAGGAAGGAUUUUUAAACUUUUGAAAUGGGGUCUACAGCUAUUCCUUUGUGACUCCCCAACCAUUACCCUAAUAGCUCAUUUUUGAAUCCUGAAAACCUCAACAGAGUAACAUGAACUACCCCAGAAAACUAUUCCAAAAGACAGUAAUGAGUGGAAAAGACCAAAAUAGAUCUCUCUAUGGGAUUCGAAAUGGAGAAAUUGUUUUAAUGACCUUAAUGCAAAGAUGACUGAACUCAACCUUUUUUUCAAAUGCUGAAGAUGAGGCUUCCAGGACAGUUUGUUGUCAAUAUUUAUACCAAGAACUUUUAUUUCACUUACAUAUUCUAUAGUGUGAUCCUGCAAUUCAACAUUGAAUCUGUCUGUAGAUCUGAAAAGGAGAUUUUUUGUCUUAUCUAUAUUAAGAAUCAACAAGUUUGCUGCCACUUUUCAAGUUUCUUCACUGACGCAAUGCAUUUCACCUCUAGAGAAGAUCGUGAAUAGGAACAACAAACCUAACCUUCAACUAUCCUGAGCUAAAAAUUUGCUGUUCAGAGUUAAUCUCAACUUGCUGAAACCUGUCUUCAAAAUACGAUUUGAACCAGCUGAGCACAGUUCCCUCUAUACCAUAGAAUUUCAAUUUGGAUAUUAAUAUAUCAAUAUUAACUAAAUCAAAUGCUUUAGACAAGUCAGCAAAGAUCCCACACACCCUUUCACCUUUAUCCAGACUAGAUAGAGCUUCAUCAAUAAAAGAAAAAAGAGCAUCACAAGUGGAGUGCCCUGGUCUGAAAACAAAUUGAGACUGUGACAGUAUAUUGAACCCUGCAAUGCAUGAUUUUUCAAAUCUUUUGGAAAAAAAUAUCAUUGAACUCAGAAUUCAUUGCUGAUAAUGAUAAAAAUAACAAAAAAAAUCCUAACAUUUUUCAAAAUUACUUUUUGGACAUUUUAAGUCAUGACUCCAAAUGGAGUCAUCAUGCAUUGAGUAGCAAGU